GACUGGACAACAACUGUGGCAAAUAGAUGGCCCGACGAGUGUCAUGGAAGCGGGUUUUGCAGGCCCUGGACCGAUUUAACCAGGUGGCAUUCAGUCCAAAAUAUCUUCUGUAUACCAACAUUGGCAUCUCUGUGGGCCUGAGCAUGGUGGGUGAUACCAUGGAGCAGAGCUAUGAGCGGUACAUAGGAGAGAUUCAGGGAUGGAAUCGGAUACGUACUAUCCGGAUGGGCAUUUCCGGUCUCACAGUGGGCGUGGUGUGUCACUAUUGGUACCAGUAUCUGGACUAUUUGUAUCCCCAUCGUACCUAUAAAAUGGUUGUAGUGAAGAUCUUACUGGACCAGUUCAUCUGCUCGCCCUUCUACAUUGCAGUGUUCUUUAUUACCAUGGCUAUUUUGGAGGAUAAUUCGUGGGAGGAACUUAAGCAGGAGAUCAAGGAGAAGGCCCUAGUCCUUUACGUUGCCGAAUGGACAGUGUGGCCAUUGGCGCAGUUCAUCAAUUUCCUUCUGAUUAAACCUCAGUAUCGGGUUUUCUAUGAUAACAGCAUCAGCUUGGGCUAUGACAUCUUCACGUCCCAAGUUAAGUAUCGCAAAAAGAAGGAAACCACGAAUGAAUGAUAUAAAAAUAUUUGUAAAAUAAAUUCAAAAUAUUAUACUGUA